AUGGCUGCUCUUGGAUACACACUGCCCUUCUAUCCGGGUCCCAAGCCAACCUUCCCAAUGGACACAGCUUUGGCUGUUAUAAUCACCAUCUUUCUCACUGCACUGGUCACCUUUAUCAUCAUCCUGCCUGGCAUCCGUGGGAAGACGAGGCUGUUCUGGAUGCUGCGGGUGGUGACCAGCUUAUUCAUCGGGGCUGUGAUCCUGGCUGUGAAUUUCAGUUCUGAGUGGUCUGUGGGCCACGUCAACACCAACACGACAUACAAAGCCUUCAGUGCCGAGUGGGUCAGCGUGGAUGUGGGACUGCAGAUUGGGCUCGGAGGAGUCAACAUCACACUCACAGGGACCCCAGUGCAGCAACUGAACGAAACCAUCAACUACAAUGAGGAGUUCACCUGGCGCCUGGGUGAGAACUAUGUGGAGGAAUAUACGAAGGCACUGGAGAAGGGGCUUCCAGACCCCGUGCUCUACCUGGCUGAGAAGUUCUCCCCUCGAAGCCCAUGUGGUCUAUACAACCAGUACCGCCUGGCAGGACACUAUGCUUCAGCCAUGCUGUGGGUGGCAUUCCUCUGCUGGCUGCUGGCCAACGUGAUGUUGUCUAUGCCGGUGCUGAUUUAUGGCGGCCACAUGCUGCUGGCUACUGGCCUCUUCCAGCUGUCAGCUCUGUUCUUCUUCUCCAUGGCCACAUCACUCAUAUCACCCUGUCCCCUGCGUGUGGGCACUGCUGUGCUGUCCCCUCACCACGGGCCUGCUUUCUGGAUUACACUGGCCACAGGACUGUUGUGUAUUCUGCUUGGCCUAGUCAUGGCAGUGGCCCACAGGAUGCAACCUCAUAGACUGAAGGCUUUCUUCAACCAGAGUGCAGAGGACCCAGUGCUGGAGUGGGGUUCUGAGGAAGGGGGACCCCUGAGUCCCCGCUACAGGUCCAUGGUUGAGAGUCCCGAGACUCAGGACAUUCCCCUCUCAGAGGCUUCCUCUGAGAUAUGUUUUAAGGAGGAACACACCAAAGAGUCUGACUGUGCCCUGUAAUGCUCCUCUGCUGGCGGCCACCUGAAUUUCCAGACUGGCUCCAGACCUCACCAGAGCCUCCCUAAACCCACCAGAAUGGCCCAGGAGGUGGGGUUGGGUUGUAUCAGAUGCUCAACUCCAACUUUUAAGAAAGAAGCAAAAGGGGGGCUGGAGAGA